UUCACUGCAGUUGUCCAUUAGGACUUUCAAUAAAGUGCAACCUGCUAAUUAAACGUUUGACAGGAAAGGGUAUUGUGGUCAUUUUUAUUUAAACUGGUAGUUUGGUCAUAGCUAAGCUUGAAUUCAAGGAGGAAGUUAAGUUGUUUUCGUCUGCUUCAUCUUCAUUUUGCAAGCAGAGCCUCAGCGGAGAGAAGAGCUGAACUGACUUGGAUCUGGAAGACAAAAUGAAUACAUCCACCUGCACUCGACCCAAUAAGAAAUUAUUUGAACAUACAAUCCUGCCUACUCUCUACAUCUUGGUGUUUGUCGUUGGUUUGAUCCUGAAUGUGUGGGGAAUGAAGUCUUUGCUGCACAACUGGAAGAAACUUUGGAGUAUUAAUGUUCUUGUUCUAAACCUUGGACUAGCAGACAUGUUGUACCUGCUGACUCUCCCCUUUCUCAUUGUGUACUACCUUCAAGGAAACAAAUGGAUCUUUGGAGAAGGAUUCUGCAAGGUAACAAGAUUCUGCUUCAACCUGAAUUUAUACGGCAGCAUCGGGUUCCUCACCUGUAUAAGUGUCUACCGGUACCUGGCGGUUGUUCAUCCAACGAGACUAAUGGGGAAAUUAACUACGACUCACUCUGUGGUCAUCUCAGCCAUAGUUUGGAUUCUGGUGAGUGUUCAAAGUCUUCCAGACAUGUUCUACCCAAAAACAUAUCCAAACGGAUCAAAAUGCUUUGACACCACCUCUAAUGAACAUUUUGAGAGUUACCUGGAUUACACCAUCGCAUGGACAAUCUUUGGAUUCUGCAUCCCUUUUGUCACCAUUGUAGGCUGCUAUGGACAUGUGACUGUUGUUAUCUGCCGUUCAAAUAUGAUGAAAAAAGACCAGAAACGACAAAUCUUAAAACUGAUGGCUCUACUGAUUCUGCUCUUCUCGCUUUGUUAUGCACCCUACCAUAUUUUCAAGAACCUCAGCCUGUAUUCCAGAGUUCUGCGUAAGCAGGGAACAUGCCCACAAUGGGAUUCUGGAGUCUUUAUUGCGCGCCAGGUGAGCCGUGGUCUUGUGAGCCUGCACAAUGCUCUUAACCCGCUGGUUUACCUGUGUCUGUACGAGGAAAUGGUUUCCCAGUUCAGGCAGCUGCUGAGGGGGGGGCACCAGAUUUUCAGUCAUCGUCUCAAGUCGAAAUCCAGCUCUGUGCCGGUACCACAGGCUGAGCAAGAAGUGGAAAUGAUUUAUGACAGCAAGUAGUGUUUUAAGUUAAAUUGUAAUAAAUAAUUACAUUUUAUCAAGGUAGCUUGAGAUCAUCCCAUGUUGGACAUUUUGGUUUAGCAGUAACAACACAUGAAAUUACCUGUAAAAUUAAUUAUAUAAAGUAACAUCUAGACCUACAAUAGAAUCAAACUUCAAUAAGAUCCCUAUGAUUGUGCUUUUCUGUUUUGUUUCAUGAAAAUUUUGCUUUAAUUCUAUUUCUUUUUGUAUUUAAUCAUAAAAAAUUGGCCGAGAGAGAGUUGUCAAGCCAUGAAAAAGAAACAGCAGACUUCCUGUAAAAAUAGGAAGUACGUUUCCAUCCUGCAGAAAGUUUUAAAGAAUGAAGUCUAAACACUUUAAGUAAUUGAAUUAAUACUCGUGUUAAUGUUGUUUUGAUGCUUAAUUGGAGAAUCUAAAGAAGUUAUGGAUGUGAUUUUGACAAUGAAUUUCAAAUGAUAUAAAAAUGUAACUGUAAUCAAAGAUCAAUGAUGUGUGUUGAGGAUGAUACUAUGUGAAACGUUAGGAAAAGAAGAAUCAGAAGAAGAAGAAUCAUCAAUAAUCAUGUGUUUGUGAAUCAGAAAUUACUUGUAACCUCAGUAAAGUUGAUCAGAGCUUAACCCUGUUUGCUGACAUGUAGUUUCUGAGAGGGGAGAUGGUGCUGAUAAGGAAGCAGAUGAAUGACCCAAAAGAGGAACUAAAACUGCUGAAGAGAAGAAAAGUUUGUGUCAUAAUGUGGUGGAGGAGUAAACCCAAACGCAGCAGGAAAUAGAUGUAGUAUAUUGUGGAUAUUUUAAUGAAGAAAAUCAAUUCGCAAAAUCCAAAGGUACAAGGAAAUCCAAAACAAAAGUAAACUGGAGACACGAGGGUAACAAGGGUAAUGGCAAGUAGAGUGACAAGCAGUGAUGAGACAGACUGGUAAGUUGUGACUGAGAUAGAGGAGCUUAGAUGCUGGGAGGUAGCAAACGGAACAAUGGACCUCGCUAGAUGAGAUAAUAGAUUGCAGGAAUGAGUAGUUGGGACAGGAGUUCGCUGAGGGGCGGGGAGAUGACGGCACAAGAAGGCUAAGUAGAUAUUCUGGGGAAUAAAAGGGAGCUGAAAGUAUUUCUAAUACUAAAGAAACACUAAGACUAAAGGAAACCUGAUAAACUAGAAGAGAAAAAGACAUGAAGGAAAACAUAAACAAACCUAAACAGAAGCAAGGCUAACAAUAACAACUCAGGAACGUAGAGCUACAUUAACUAGAAGGACUAAGCAAAGAAAUAACCCAACUAGAAUUGUUAAAGAAAGAUGGACAUAGAUUCAGACAAAAAAGACUAAUUAAUUUAAAGUGAUGCCAUAAGAAAACUACAAACACUAUGGUGGGAGCUAGAAUGACUUAAUAACUUAACUGGAACCACUAAAGAAAGGUAUACCUAAACUCAGACAUGUAAGAGUAACUGAACCUAGAGUGAUGAAAUAAACAUUACUAGAAACACUACAGGAGAGCUGAAAUAAGAAAAGCAAUAACAAGACAAUAACCACAAUAAAUAACCUCAAAUAAUAAAAAUAAAAUGACCAUGGAGGGAUAACUUAAAGGGAGAUCAAACAUAAUAAUAAAUAAGAUGACAAAGCAAAACCAAAUCCAAAAACCCAGAGUCCUGACAGUUCGCAGGCUAAAGCAGUGGUGCCCAAAGUGGGUCCUCGAGGG